AAAAUUCAUUCACAUGUCUUCACAUCAGUCACCACCACCACCAUCUUUACCUCAGCCGCACCACCUUCAACCCCAAUCUCCUCAUCAUCUCCCCAAAAAACCCAUCACUUCACUCCCAGACUUCAUCUUCACCGCCUUCUCCCUCUUCCUUCUCGUCUCUUCUCCCAAAUCCCCCACCACCGCUUUCAUCCCCCUCCCCAAAAUCUCUUUCCCGCUCAACCCUCGCAGGUUUCUCAGAAUCCCCGACAUGUCCCUCCCUUCUUCCAAAUCCCCCAGCAACCCCAGCUUCCCUACCCCUCAAUCCCUCUCCGAUUGGCUCAAGCCCCGCUUGCCUUCCGACUCCUUCGCUUCCUGGGGUGUCAAGCCCGGCACCAAAAACGUCCACAAUCUCUGGCUCAAGCUCUCCGAGGGCGAAACCUUGCUCGCCGAUUCCUCUCCUCCCAUUCGAUCCCUCCAAGUCGUCGUUGUCAGGGUUAUCGACAAACAUAAUCGAGUCCUCCUCGAAUCCCACCAAGAAUUGUCCAACGGCGUCAUUCGCCACCGCUGCAGGCCUCUGUCUGAGAAAAUGAAGCCCGGGGAAUCCGUCGACGCCGCUGUUUCUCGAGCCGUGAAAGAAGAGCUGGGCUCCGCGAUUCGUGGAGAUUUUGGUGACGAGGGCAUUGUUAAGAUUGUGCCCGAUUCGUAUUGCAAGAAGGUGGAGGAGAGGGUUUCUGCGUCUUAUCCACUGCCCUUUUUGUUUAGAACAUGCGGACAAAAAUGCCCUUUGAAGAAGCACACUUGUAUUCGUGUGAAUUGGUCCUCCGGUUGCAAAACCGGAGAAACUGGGUAA